AGUCUCGAUCCCUAUUGUUGCCAAACUUAAUAGCAAAGCAAACAUUCUCAAAGUUUGAACACAGAAAAGAUUAAAAAGAUUAAAAAUUUAUCAUGUCCAAAGUCCAAAUAAUAUUGAGCGAGUGCUUGGAUACAUGUAGCUAUCGGGCAUUUUGCAUUUACAGAUGAAUGCAUAUUUUCAGAUAUUUUUAUUGAUUGACCUGCCAUGUUUCAGUAUAAUAACAAUGGACUGUUGAAGCAAUGAUCAUGAAUCGGUGGUUGUAUGAUCAUACAUGUACAUGUAUUGCCUAUCACACAACGUUAUGUCAGCUCUAUCAACACAAGCACCCUAGUCUACUGACCUGAUUUGAUAAGAAGCAGGAUGAGACUGGCAAGCUUGCUGAUUGCUUUGAAUGGAAGAGCCAGCUUAGAUACAACUGGGAUGAAAGCAGCAAUAACUUGAAAGUCAAGCUCCUUGAUGCAGAGUUUGACUAUGGCUUUGAAUACCAAGGAUCGGCAGCACGUCUAGCCUUCCUUCCAGGCACAGAGAAGAUGUAUUAUAGCAUGGCUAGUACCAUAAAGAGUCAUACUGCAGCCAUGUGUGUUGGCUCAAAUUUGAGUGGACGUGUUGAGACUGCGAGAGAGCUGAGUCGUAUUGUAGGUCAACCUCUGUAUGUCUUCAACUGUACAAAGACAAUGGAUGUUCUUAUGUUGGUCGAUAUCUUCAGGGGGCUAGCAUCAACAGGUUCUUGGGUGUGUUUCAACAACCUUGCUCACAUCGUCCCAGGAGCCUUGAGUGUCCUCUGUGAGCUCCUACAGACCUACCUUGAAGCACUCCGUGCGAAGCGCCCUCACAUCACCUACGCUGCUCUCGGAGAAGAGAUCGCCCUCAACCCAUUGGGGGCGUGCUUCGCUACCCUGGACAGCGCCCUCGAAGCUCCGUCCAUGUCCAACAUUGACCGUCACCUUGUGUUGAACUCUACGAUGUCCAUGCUUCCGUCAGAUCUGACCGGUCUGUUUAGGACAGUGUCCAUCACCAGUCCUGAUUUCAGGAUUAGUAUGGAGAUCAUUCUUCUCUCUCAAGGCUUUAGGCAGGCUGCAGAGCUAUCUUCAAGACUAGCUUCAUUGAGAGAGAUGUACAUCAAGAUCAUUCCAAUGGGACUCACUGUUAACAAUGAUAACAAACUUAGGAAUGCAGCAUAUGAAGGCCCUCAUGGAUGGAGCAUACGUAACAUGAGGAAUAUCAUCACUGAAGCUGGUAUUCUACUGGAUGAACUACAGGCUAACUACAUGGAAGAAGAAUAUCAAACAGCUUUGGCUGAGUUGGUAAGCAUAGAAAACAGAGACCCGCUGCAGCUAGUAGCUGAGGAAGAUCAAUUAGAAGAUAAAGAAGAUGAAAAGCAAACUGAAAAGGGAAGCUUUGAGUUACCUGAACCACUUGCUAAGUAUGAGAUUGAGGCAAUCGUCAGUGCUCUGAGGAACACAUUCAUGCCUCGUCUCCAUGGCAGUGAUGCUGAUAUGUUUGUUACCAUGGUAACGGAUGUCUUCCCAGACACACCAGUGGACAUGGGCUUUGGAGGUGUCGAUCCUUCCAUCGGCAAGAAAUCUGAUGUGAUAAGUUUGAAUACCCCAGUGGUAUCAACCCAAGGACCCAGUAAGGUCAUUCAGAGCUAUCUACCAAACACCGGAGGAGAGAAACAAUACCUUGAUGACAUCAACUCUGCCAUCGCCGUGGCAACCAACGAGCUAGGCUUGCUUCCAGGCACCUCGUUCCAAGCUCGUGUUGCUCAGCUGUGUCAGCUCACCAAUACACAUCAAACAGUGAUUGUAACCGGACCGCCAGGCUGUGGUAAAAGUGAAUGCAUCAAGACGUUAAUGUCGGCUCAGAGGGAGACUGGAAAGAUUGUGACUACUCAUAGGAUCUUCCUUCAAGCAGUGGAGUCUGUGGAGCUUCUUGGUAGCGCUGAUCCAGAAACUAAGGAGUGGCGUGAUGGUCUGUUCAUCGCAUUGCUUCGUAAGCUAUGUCUCAUUCCUAAAGCAGACUUCAGUCAGACUAAACCACACAUGAAAGCUAUGCAUCUAGAUGGAGAGAUCAAUGCCACCCAGAUGGAAAUCUUGAGUUCUCUCUUUGAUCAUGAUGGUAUUCUGGUUCUUGCCAAUAAUGAACGUGUUCACAUACCAGAUAAUUUCUCAAUCUUCUGGGAGAUUGAGAGUGUGGACCAUCUUAGUCCAGGCCUAAUCUCCCGAGUAGGCCUGCUCUCCAUGGACCGGUCUGACGUCAGCUGGGCCCUGCUCCUGACCGCCUGGUUAGACCGACGUCCAGAGAAGGACCAGGAGAUCCUCAAGGUUCUAGCAGACAUGUAUCUUGGUCCUACCAUGGAGUACCUGGACCUGUGUCUUAGACCAGCUGUCAUGACAACCAGUAAACAAAGAAAGAGGCCUAAGAUGAAGAGGAUUGUGGAUACGAGUGAAAGCAACAUGGUCCUUACUUUCUGUGCCAUCUUAGAUGCCAUCAUUGCUCAGAAUACAGAGCUUAGUGAUGAGCAGUACGAGCGCUACGUCAGCUUUGCUGCAGUCUGGGCAUUCGGUGGGACGCUGGAAGAGAAGCAUCGCUCUACCUUCAGCCAUUGGUGGCGCUCUAAAUGGGAGAAACGUGAGAUUUAUCCUGAAGAGGGCGAGGUGUUUGAUUAUUUUGUAGAUAGUGAGAGCGGAGAGAUGGUGAUGUGGUCUGAGGCUGUACCACCCUACAGUAUGCCACCACACGAGGGCAUCCCACUAGAUGCUUUCGUCCACACUGUCACAACUGAGCAAAUUUCCUACCUACUUGGACUACUGUCUGACGCUGGUAAGCCAGUAAUGUUGGUCGGUGAAGCUGGCUGCGGUAAAACGGCCAUUGUCAAUGAUCGAAUCCGUACUGUCUGCUCUGGGGAGGUGGCUGAAGUUCUAUCUCUCACCGUCACUGCUAAUAGGUUCACCACAAGUCGUGUCCUGUGGCAGCGGUUGGAAGAGAGGCUUGAAUGGCGUCAUGGUCGCACCUAUGUACCAAAGGGAAAUAAGAAACUAAUGUGUCUUGUGGAUGAUCUCAACCUGGCUUAUGUUGACCAGUUCAGCCACCAAUCAGCUUCAGCCAUGGUCCGGCAGCACCUGGACUCGGGUGGAUUCUUCGAACCAGACACUCAUCGGAUGCGAGAGGUCAAGAAUGUGACCUAUGUGACGACGGUCAAUCCCUUGACCCCUGCCAGUGUUCCAUCCCUCAGUCAGAGGCUUGUCAGGCACUUUGCUGUACUUGGCAUGCCAUACCCAAAGAAUGCAGAGGUUCAUAAUAUCUUCACCACUCUGCUUCAUACUCACUUCCUGACACCAGCUACAACAUCAUCUAAUGCUAACAGGGAUCAUAAGAAGCAGCACAUGAUUGAUAAAGAAGAGGAGAAAUUGAGGGCGCUAAUCUCAAUGAUGGUGAACGUGACAAUUGAAGUCCAGGAAAGGAUGAGGAGUAUGUUCCUAGCAACGGCCGAGAGAUGUCAUUACAUCUUCUCUCUUAGGGAUAUGAGAAGACUCUUCCAGAACAUCUGUCUGUCCCUAAGACCUGGUACGAAUCCAGAUAACCUCCUGUUGCUAUGGCGUCACGAGUGUGAGUGGGUAUAUGGUCAGCGGCUGGUCAGUCCAGUUGACUUUGACCGUUAUCAGCUGGCUUUCGUGACCGCUGCUCGCAAGGAAUUCACCUCGGAAGAGCCGUCUGAAGCAUAUAGCCCAGGCCGUAACGCCCGUUGCAUUAUGAAAGGAGAGAAAGUGCUCCAGCUAACCAUCACACCCGACCAACCCCUCUUCAGCAAUCUGGUCCAGCAGGACUCCGGUAUAGUUACCGCUGGUGGGUACCGUAGCUCACAGCAGGCUACCAGCAGCACCGCAGGCUCAGAAGUAGAGAAUACAGACCAGUACCAACCAUGCUCUGAGGUCGCCAGCGUUCAGAGACUGCUCCAGGAUGCAGUAGAGGAAUACAAUAAAGGACAUCCCAAGAUAAAGCUGACAUUGUAUAAGGAAACAAUUCAGAGAGUAUGUCGUCUCGCUCGUAUGAUCAUGUCUGCUCACGAGGUAGGCCACGCCCUCCUGGUCGCCGACGGCAACCCUGGACUGAGUAACCUGUUUGCCCGUCUUGCAGCGAGCCUAUGUGGGUUCAGUGUGUCUGAGAUCAGCGCUGCACCUGAGGCAUCCUCCAGGAACUAUAAGAUUGAUCAGUUCAAGGCUGAUCUUGUGGCUAUGUACACCAAGGCUGGAGUCAAGGGUGAGAAGAUACUACUGCUUCUGACUGAAGAGGAUCUCCAUGAGGAAGAUUUCUUGGUUUACGUUGGUGAGUUUGUUGUGACUGGCGCCAUCACUCAUCUUUUCUCAAGUGAGGAACAGACGACCAUCAUCAAUUCCAUACGUACAGAGGUCACGGCAGCAGGUCUCACCUACACACGGGAAACAGCAUGGAACUUCUUCCUCAAGAUUGUUAGGAACAACUUCCGAGUGGUUUUGAUCUCUGCUGAUACCGGUCAUGAUUUCCAGCGGAGGUGUAGAGAGUAUCCCGCCCUGACGGAACAUCUGAACUGUUACUGGUAUCAACACUGGACUAGAGAGAGACUGGUGGACCAUGCUAUGACCUAUUUACAAGGUACUGAAGGAAUGAACAACAUACAACAAGAGAAUCUUGCUCAUCUUCUAGCUACCAUGCACCUUGCUAUUAGACAGUUAGAUGGAGAAGAGAAAGGACCAGGGAGAUAUAAGCAUCUUACUAAUACUACAUAUGAGAAGUUUGUAGAGAGGUUUCUAUCAAUGUACAAGCAGAGACAGGCUAAGAUUCAUGAGGAACAUCUGACAGUGACCAAGGCUUUGCAUCAUAUCAACAGAGAGAACAAGCUAGCUAUGAGACUCCAGAAACAACUAGAACAUGAACUUAUUGUGCUGGAAGAAAGGAAAGAUGGGACCAUCAAGCUUCUGUCACAGAUCGGUCAAGACAAGGCCAUUGCCGGUCAACAGGUCAAGAUAGUCAUGAAGCAGCUUGACAGUCUCCUCAAGCUCAAACAAGCCCUUCCUAAGUACACCCUCGCACAUGAGAGGGCGGUCUACAAGACUGUAGCAGUAGUAGCAGACACCAAGAAGGUUGUCCAGACGUUGGACGUGACGAGUCUAGGGGAGCUUAGAGGCAUGCAUAAGCCCGAUGUAGACAUUGAAGAUCUACUAGCUUCCAUCAUUAUGAUUCUGAAAUCUCCUGCAUCUGACCUGACCUGGAGCAAAGGAGCGAAGCGUCAGAUGGCAAACAUUGAAAGAUUCCUUGAGGAGCUUGCUUCCUUUGAUGAUUCUGAGCUUCCAGAGUCUACCCUGAGCCUGGUGGAACCAUACCUCAAGAAGUCGUCCUUCCAGGCCAAGAAUAUGCUGAGAAAGAAUGCUGCUGCUGCCUCACUGUGUAACUGGGUGAGAGGUGUCUGCAGAUACCAUCGUCUCAUGAUCUCCAAGGUCAAGCCGCUUCACAAGAAGGUUGAAGAGACAAGGGUAGCAAUUGAGGAAGCAGAGCAUAAACUCUCUAUGCUGGAGAAUAAGAAGAAGGCAUUAGAGGAGAGACUCCUGGACCUGGCCCUGAGCUUUGAGAGUGCCACGGUGGACAAGAAUGACCAGGAAGAUCUUUCUAGGAAGAUGACCAAACAACUGGACACUGCUAAUAGAUUCAGACAUAUCCUGGCUAUGGAGCACCAGCACUGCAUUCAGAUCUGUCAAUCCCUUCCUCAACGAGAGUUUGCCAUCUCUGGAGCCAUUGCAAUGGCAGCAGCCUUCGCUACCUACCUUGGCCCUUAUGAUCCUAAGUUCCGUCGAUCCGUUCUGACUGUUCAUUGGCCGCUGUGUCUUCAAGAGAGGGGUGUUCCUUUGGUCAUUGAUGCCAUAGAUCCAAUGAAAGGUUGGAUUGUUGAAUGGGCGAUCCACACUUCACCCAAGACCAGAGCCAACACCGGUAUGGAAAGUGCCAUCCCACCCUUAGACCUCGGCCAGCGGGACAGCGAAGGAACACCAGCACAACGACAAGAAGACGAAGCCAAGACACCAAUCAAUGAACAAGUGACUGAGAAUGAAGGAGAGGUGGAGGAUGAAGGAAAGGAAAGGGAAGAUGGAGAGAAGGAAAGAGAAGAUGAAGGAGGAGAAGAAGAUAGGAGAAGCCAAGAGAUGAAGGAGAAGGAAGAGGAGAUGAAUGCUCUGCUAUCUCAGACACAAGAAGCCCAAGAGACUCCACGCAACGAGCAACCGACCGGAGAGGAACCUCCACGAGGCAUGACAGCAAUGAGUGGAAUCGCAGAGAGCCAGCAUGCUUACGACGUUGAUGCUUUCCCUCAGAUUGGCAGUGCUGAGUACCAGAGAUAUGUACAAUCACUCAUCAAGCUCUUAGUAGGAGAGAAGAAUGUACAUGAUUGGGGAACUAAAGGCCUGAGCUUGAGGCAAAUGGAGAAUCUUGCCAUCCAGAAGUCGUCAUGGCAACGACCCCCGUACCUGAUUGACCCUGAUAUGGAGGGCAUACGUUGGUUGCGGAGAAUGAUCUAUCAACAUCGCCUCGUUAACAUUGAUAUGCAGACAAGGAGACAUCAACAAAUACAUGUGUAUUCUAAAGACACAUUUGAAUUGUUUGACCCAUCCAUGGUUGUGCGUAUAGAGAAGGCCAUUCUUGGAGGACGCCCUCUAUUGAUGAUGAACAGUGUAGAUAGUGUUGAUUCCAUGUCUGCUCCUCUCAUUCACCAUGCUAACCACGGAACUGAAGAGGGCGGUAGUGGAGAUGCUCGACUCAUCAAAUACUGCGGACGCAGAUUACUCGGCCACGAGAACUUCCGUGUCACCAUAGCAACCACCAACAUGUACCCCAACCUCAGUGCCAGAACAGCGUCAGCAACGACCCUGGUGAACUACAAUGCCUCACCUGAGAUGUUACGAGAAGAACUUCUUGAUAGAGCCUUUGCUAGGGUCAUGCCAAUGCUGUUUCUUGAGAAGAAGAAGGUCCUAAGAGCCAUUCAGCAGCACAAAGAGACCUUACAGUUCCUUGAGGACAAACUCCUCCAGGUUCUUGAAGGAGAAGUCUCUUCCCAGGAGAUCACCAGCCACACAGAGUACGUCUCCUCCAUUGUGGAUCACAAGGAGACCGUCUUCACCCGUCUGGAGGCUGCGGAACAGGCCCUCUCCCAGCUGGAGCGCAUCCGGGACCAGCUGUCACCGCUGUCAAAGAGAGGUGCGAUGCUGUACUCCGUGGUGCAGAGCCUACAGGGGAUGCAGAGGGAGUACAGGGUUUCACUACCGAUGUUUCUUUGGAUGUUUGAUCAGGCCGUAGGAGAGGAACUUCCUCCAGAGGUGGCGCAGGAAGAAGACUGGCAUGAUGCUGAUACCGGUAGCGAUGAUGAAGAUGAUACUCAUCAUGGUAGAGUGGUGGUUCCUCCCAGACUAGGAAGCGCUUCAACACGGAUCUCUGAGAAGAAGAUUUCCAUGGGUGAUGGGGGAGAAGGGCAGGAGACAGGAGGAGAAUCAGGCGUAGAAGAUGACGAGGAAGGUGCUGUCGGACCUGCCGGUGUGUCAGUCCCAGAUAUAGUGAUUCCUGAUGUACCGACGUUCCCAUCAGGAGGUAUGGAGUAUACCAAUCUAUCUGCUAAUCAAGUCAAACAGCUCGUUGACUGCCUUACGCAGACAGUCUUCCAGAAUGUCAGACAGAGCCUAUAUGAUGAGCAUCGCCUCCUUUUUGCAACUCUGCUAUGCAUUAACAUCCAAUAUGAAACAACCAACAUAUUUUCUGAAGAGGAGUUAGCUCUACUUCUACAAGGUCGAUUGCCCUCGGCUAGACUCAACACUCUCCUAAGUGACUUUUGCAAUUUGCACUCACAAUCACGAAUUAAAACAGGUAAUCCUGGACUGGGGACCAUGGAGUUGACUCUCCUUGACUUUGGAUGCGAUGCCCCGCCCCCAGCCUUCCUCCCCCCUGAUAAAUGGGAGGAUAUCCUAGCCAUCUCUGUGCUACCUGGUCCAUUGGAUUCCCUGUGUAUUCAGAUAGCUGAGAUGCCUGAUAGAUGGGAUGAAUGGUAUCAAUCAUCAGAACCUGAGAGACUAGCCCUACCGCUCAGGCCAAAUACAGGUGAAGAGCGUCCAGUUGAUGAACAGGGCCAGACCUCGCCCCAGAGCAGUCCAGACCUCGGCGGUCUCAACGAGUUCCACCAGCUCAUCCUCCUCCGUCUUCUCCGCCCUGACCGGUUCCCGGCAGCGGCCUCCCGGUACGUCCAGCGUCACCUGACCUGUGUGAAGCCCCUACCGUCUGCGGUGGGAAGCAUCCUGGGUAGUGCGGUCCGCUCUCUCGCUGUCAUGGUCCUGAUGCCACCAUCACCAGCAGCAGGGAAUAAGAGGUUGCCCAGUGAACUCAAGUCUAACACAAGACCAGUUGAUAUACUACGCACAUAUGCACAGAAAAAGAGCAUUGCCUAUGAGCGAAUUGCCAUCAACGAAGGCACGGAGCAGCAGGUUGCCAUGGCGAUAGAUGCAAUCGCUGAUAAAGAUGGUUGGUUGGUGAUUGAAGACCUUCAUCUCGCCUCCGAUCGUUUUCUCUCUCAUCUCAAAGGUCAACUUAUUAGAGUUGGUAAUACAGGAGGUCCAUUGGGGCUCAAUCCCAUCGCAGCCAACAACCAAUCACGUUUCUGCAUCUGGUUGACCUCUGAACCCUCGGCUCGUCUUCCUGAUGACCUCCUUCAGUCCGUCCGUGUCAUCUCCUGGGAUGUGAUAGGUCCUCAUCUCUUGAAUGAACAGGAUGGUUCAACCAACAUGGAGGUAGUAACGCUCUCUCAGGAUGACAUACUCAAAACAGCUACUAUCGCUGCCUUGAAAUCGGUUGGUCCAUCCAUCUGGCAAGCCUUGACUGAUCAAAGCACAGCGGUACGAGGCGUUGCGUACGGAGCCUGCGUCAUCCAUGCAGUCCUCUACGCUCGUCAGAUGUACGGUGCAAGAGGUCUUUCACAGUACCAAGCCUUUAGUGAAGUCCAGGUCAAUCACAGUCUAGAGGUCAUCAUGGGGUCAAAGUUCAAGGAAGAAGGAGGUCAGACUGGGAACGAUAGUCUGAAAGAGCUCUGUGGACUCAUCUCUGGGGUUGUCUAUGGGAACAUGCUUACCGACCCCUGGGAUCGUCUCUAUCUCUCUACCAUUGUCAAUCACAUCCUCACUGCCACCAGUCGGUCUGGUAGCCAGCUGGUCCUAGGCUCUGUUACUGUACCAACCCCUCCAGCUAACGUGGAUGCUACGGACUAUGCUGGAUGGUUGGAGGAGAAAUGGGAUGAGGAGGUCGGGACCACGGAAGCUUUGAGUCUGGAUGAUGGUGUUAAGAAACUGGUCAACAAAGCAAGUGGUCUUGAUUUCCUGACAUACCUUGACAAUCUCUAUGAGAUCCAGCAUUCUGGCCCACGAGGAUCAUCAACCAUCCCAUCCCAACCCCAGUUCAACUCCACCAAGAUAUCCAAUGCCAUUGACUCUAUCACUGAGAGGCUGCCCUCUAUAGUUGACCUUGGAGAACUUCCUAUUCACAUCGUCAACGAGGCAGAGAAGUACACGUUCCCGUACCAUGCGCCCUCGUUGAUGAGUUUGUUGAGCGUGGCGAGCGUUGAGAUGCCUCAGAGCAUUGGCUUUGUGCUUCUUCAGGAAUGUCACUGGUAUAACUCGUUGCUGUGUCAUGUUCGUCAAAGCCUUCAUGAGGUUGAAUGCUGCAUGUUACAAGGUCAAUACGCCAUGAAACCAUCCAUCAGACACCUAGCUAUGGCUCUCCAACAAGAUGCUGUACCAGCUACGUGGGUACAUCCUAAUAGACAACCUAGCGGACAUACUCUCAUCUCAUGGGUCGGAGACCUGAAGAGACGUCAUGACCAGAUGCAGGCGUGGAUCAAAGAGGGUAAGGUACCCCGCUCUGCUCCGGACAUUGUUCCGAUCCAAACCGAACCGAGGGGUCAUCUACUGUCCAUCUGGAUGGGAGGGUUGGUCAACCCGACGGCCGUUAUCACUUCACUGAGACAGGAGAAGGCCGCCCUCGCUGGGUGUCUUGUAUCAGAGGUUGGUAUCUCAUGUGAGGUAUCUCGUUCUCUGAAUGAAGAUAGUUUUGAUAUCAUUCAUCCUGGAGGGAUGUAUAUUAGAGAUGUUUAUCUUGACGGAGCUACCUGGGACCUUGAACAUGGCUGCCUAGCCCUAGCAAGCUCAUCCCUCUCAGCGAUGCCUAGUAUGUACGUCAGACCAGUCAUAAGUGAUAAAGAACCUGAAACAGCUAGGAGUUCUGAGUCCAACACAGACCAAGCUAGCCAACAUGAAUCAUCUUCUAAUACAGCAGGAGAGAAUGUGGAUGAUGAUAAACAGCGCCCUCAGCUGGGUGUCUAUCAGUGUCCAGUAUUCUUGAAUCAAUCAAGACAGGUUUGUGUAUUCACCUUUGACCUUGCUUGCCCACUUCCUGUAGAGCAAUGGACUAUGGCAGGAACGGCUCUCAUCCUAGAUCCAGAAGCACCAGAGAAUGGAGCCAGGAAGUGGCCUCAGCCUUCUAUGCAACACUCGGUGAGGACCAUAGAGGAAGCAGCUGUAAAGCAGAGUGAUGACGGAACCAGUGAAAGGGGACCACCAUCCCAAGCGUCACGCCGCUCUAUCGGAAGCAAACCUGGUAGCGCCACCGGACUACGGCUUGGUUCAGGGUCAAGGCAUUCCGCGAUGAGCCGACCGUCCAACAGCAGGCAGUCAGUGAGGUCAGACAAGAAGGUAACCAUCGAGGAGAAAGAGGAAGAAGAAGAGAAGAAGCAGGAUACCGUCUUUGAAGAAGAGGAAGAGGAAGCAGCAAUGGAGGCAGAUGAUGAUUUUGAGUUGGAAGAAAAUGUUGAACUGAUGAUGACUGCACGGUCCAUUGAGCAGGAAAGACAGCGUCAUAAGACGUCUACUUUUGAUUACAGAAAUCUCACAAGUUCUCUGAACGAUAGCAAGAACGCUGACCCCAAUGAGCAGGAUGAGCUUGACAAUGAGAAUGCUAAUAAUGAUCCAGGAGAGGCAGACUAUGGGGAGGAUUAUGAUGGAGCAAGUGAGAGGUCAUCCACCAGAAGUUCUCAUCAUUCUUCAAGGGCAUCAAGUGCUUCUGCAAAGGAUGUCAGGAGAUACUCUGAUGAGGAGGAUGAUAAGAAGUAUUCUGAUGGUGAGAACGAAGGAAAGAAGGAGCCUAAGAGAGGGGAAGACGACUUCUUUGAAACGGCAUCUCAAAAAAGCGGACAAUCAAGACACAGUGCAACAUCCAAAAGAAAUAAAAGGUCUGACCAUAAGGACAGGUCUGGUGAGGAGGCACGAAGCUCGCCAUAUGGUAGCCAGAAUGGGUCCAGACAUAGUGUCAAACCAAAGGAUGAUGUGAGUGGUUCAAGGACAAGCAUCCAGUCAAGGAAGUCUACCAAGGAUGAUGACACAGCUUCAAGGAAGAGCCUUAAAGCUGCUGAAGACGUGUAUGCUUCAGACAAAGGAUCAAGGAGAACUGGGAGUGGUGGAUCCAGGAAGAGUUUACCUAAAACCACCAAGGAUCGGGCAUCAUCGGCAGAGUCAAGCAAAUCUGAAGGAAGAGAUUCAGUUGAUAGCGAUGGCAGUCCAAACCAAGGGAAGGAACUCCAACCCCGACCUCCAAGCGGUGGCUCCAGGAAGUCCGGCCGGCCAGGAAGCACUAGCUCCAGGAGAUCCGUCAGGUCAGGUGGAUCAGUCAAGUCUGGCCAGGAUGACGACGAGGAAAGGGACAAGUUUCCUACCAACGGAGAUGCCUCAAAGGACAAGAAAGAUCAUCAUAGCUCUAAGGAGUCUCUGAACUUCUUUGAGCAAGCCAUUGAAGCGAUUGUUGGGGAUGGAAGCAGCGAUGAAGAAGGCAAGACAAGAUCUAAGGAUGUGAAAUCUGCUGCUAGCCAUGGUAGGGCAAGCAGUCAGGGUAGGGCUAGUAGCCAAGGGAGAGGAAUGUCAGCAAGUAGAGCCUCUGAUCAAAGAAGUGUCUUCAACAAGGAUGAUCCAAACUAUUAAGGUAUUCCAUACUUUGUAUUGUUUGCAUUAUUUACCUCAUCUGUCAGUAUGUAGACAUAUCCGACAAUACAUUUUAUCAAACUACUAAAACAGGGAGCACUUGUUUUGAAAUUUCAAAGACCGCCUUUAUAUCCUUGUAUUGCUUCGAAUCCCAUUUAAAUUAUAUCUUUAUGCAAUUAUUUGUUGGUUCAAGUGAGAUGAAUUUAUGCAAGGUUCAAUGUCAAUGUCAGAGAUGUGGAUCAAUUUGGAUGGUAUUUAUUUUAUCACCUUGGUGUUCAUGGUAUGACAAUGCUUGGUAAGAAUGGGAUUCCUAGAACAUGAAUAGCAUGUGAAAAACCAUUCAUACAUUUACAGUCAAGAGCUUGAUGCUCUAGUGAGUAGAACGGGAGAAGCAUUUGAAAAACAAGAAUUCAGUCCAGUAGAAAUAGAGUUAUAUAUAUGUUAUGAUACUGUAAUAAUAAGAAAGUUGUAAUGACUUAUAUUUGUAAAUUUCACUAUUUUCUAUUUCUGUGAUACUGAUAUGUGUUUUAAUAGAUAAUUGAUGUGUGUUUAAGAAACAUUAUGACAGAAUCGUGUAAAUAUUAUACUACUACAUGUACAUAACUAAACCUUGAUUUUAUAUUGGUGAUAAAGAGCAAAUUUUCUUUUGUUUAUAAAACUGUACAUGACAAGGAGUCAUAGAGGCAAUGUAGGAUCCUAGCUGUUAUAAGGAGUUGUGCAUACUAGAAAUCUACUUUGAAUAGCAUGCUAUUUUAUACCUGGUGGGUGUUUCAUAAAGCUGUUCGUAAGUUAAGAGUGACUUUAAGAAUGACUGGUGAUCCUUUCUUGUGGUAAAAGGUAUAUUACUUGGCGACUGUUUAGCCUGUAAGAAAGGAUCACCAGUCAUUCUUAAAGUCGCUCUUAACUUACGAACAGCUUUAUGAAACGACCCCCUGUGCAUUCAUGGAAUGCAGUGGAAAAUUUAAUUAACAAGUACAUAUUUGUAUAGAGAUGUCCCUUCUGAUAUUGCCCAUUGCUGUAGGCCUUCUUAGCCAGUCAAUAACACGUAUUGUGUUUUUAAUAUGUAGUCCUACCCAUGGUCAUUGUUAAGAUCAAUCAUCAGAAAUACCACCAAAUUAUACAUUUCCUACAUACUCCAAGUAAUCAAAUCAAAUGAUUCAUUGUUGGGUGAUGAAUGUAAAGGAUGUUGUUCAUGUUUCUCCAACAACAACACCACAAGUAAUAUUAUACCAUGUCUGUAGCUUUUGGAUAAAGGGGAUUCUUAUCUCCCAAGAUUGAAAAAUAUGACCUGAAAUGAAUGUAUGAUUUGGAACUGGAAACUCUGUUUCCAGCUGGACUUGCUAGCAUAAAAAGGCUGUAGAUAUACAUAUUUUGUAUAAAUGUACAGUGGUUUUUCCUUAUGGAUGGGAAUAAAAUAUCUGCACAUUCCUAAAAUAAUUUUGUAAGGAUAAACUUUCAUUUGUAUUCUUUACAAAGUUUGUAGGAGAUUUAUUUGUUUUGUCUUGUUUUCUAUGACGUCGCAGAAAUUGUCCAUUUUGAUAUGUACAUAUUAAUCAUUAUAUGUAAAUGUUAAUAACACAUAUACUUUGAAAUGUAAAUAUCAAGAUUAAUUUUAUUUUGUACUAUACAGUGUAUAUAGAUAAAAAAGUUUACUUGUAGUGAGACCACCAAAUGACAUUUUAGAUGUCAAAAGAUUCGUGAAUUUAUUUGACAACUGUUUGCAGGGAUUAAAAGUUUUCCGUCCUUUUUCAUCUACUCUAUCGGCAAGUCCAUCCUGACACACAAGAUAGCAGCAACCCUUUGAUUAAUUUUCAAGUCAAACUGUUCAUUAUUUCCUCAACUGAACUUAGCAGAAGUAAGAGGAUAUGUUGGAUAAUGAUAGAUUGCCAAGUUGAACCUUUUUAAUGAUUACAACUUUUUUGAUAAAUGAGGAUCAGCCUCUCUAUGAAUUUUCCAAGGAGAAUCAAACUUUAUAUUUUUGUUGUCACAGUCACUCCAACGAGACCAACUCUAGACUGAGCAAAUCUAUUACAUAACUUCUAAUGACAUACCGUCAGUCGGUUUGGAGUCAGUUACAGUCAGUGAUAUUAUUGCAGCAUUAUAAAAAGCAGUAUGUUGCUGCAUCGUGUCCUUCCCCCAGAGUCUUUCCCUUUGUGUAUUCCAUGUAUGAAUUGAUUAAAUUUUCAUCUCUUUGUAUGCUGAGCCGUCCAAUAUAAUUUGCUGUGUGAAAUUUAUUUGAAUUGAGGAAAUAUCUUUAUUUGUUAAUAAAUGUUAAUUGAAUUUCUCAUCA